GCAAUUUAUAAAGAAUUUUUGUGUUAAAAUACAACAAAUUCCCAAACCUCAUCUAUAAAAACCCUAACCCUUCUCAUAAUUCUUCACAAGCCAUUGCACAAACCUACAAACCCUUCAAUAUCUCUCCACCAAUGGCUUCCAAGCUCUCUUCACCCAUUGCCCUCCUCCUCCUCGUCAACCUCCUCUUCUUCACUAUGGUCAGCUCCACCUAUGUCCCUUCAAGGCAGCCACCAUCACUCUUCAAGUGCCCCAAGGACACCCUCAUGCUCGGCGUCUGUGCCGACUUGCUGGACGGUCUAGUGCACAUAGUGAUCGGCUCACCACCAAAAUCCCCAUGCUGCACCCUAAUCCAAGGCCUUGUUGACCUAGAAGCUGCUGUGUGCCUUUGCACUGCGGUGAAGGCCAAAGCCUUGGGUCUCCAGAUUGACCUCUCAGUUUCCCUCAGCUUGCUUUUGAACUACUGUGGAAAGAAGGUUCCGUCUGGUUUCCAAUGCCCUACUUGA